AUGGCCUCACAAGGCGAGAAUGCGGUGAACAACACCAUCACCACCACCACCAUCACUACCACUACUAUCACCACCAACACCACUACUGGCAGCACUACAACUACUACCAAUACCAAUACCACCACCACCACUACCACCGACAGUGGCCCUGCCACGAACGAUGUCAACAAUGGUAGCCGUCAAGUCCCAAGCACUCGCUGGCCUGGCUUUCCUUUUCGCGAGGGUCCCAUAGAGGUGGAUCUUGGGUUGGAUGGUGUGGUGGAUCUUGUGUAUCUUUAG